AUGUGUGAGGCAGCCACGUGUGCUGGGGAGCAGAGGGUAAACCUGCCCUUUGCGCCAAGCAAACGGCAAACAAAGGGAAGCCCUUACCAGCCCGUAAUUGAAGCAUUAGGAAACUAUCCACAAAAGAAGUUCUACAAUGUCUCAAAGCUUGGAGGCGCCAAGUAUGAUACUCUGCCUUAUUCCAUACGAGUGUUGUUUGAAUCCAGUAUCCGUAACUGUGAUGGCUUCUUGGUGAAAGAAACAGAUGCUAUGAACAUCUUAGACUGGAAAACAAAACAGAAUAAUGUUGAAGUGCCCUUCUGUCCUGCCAGAGUUGUUCUUCAAGACUUUACUGGAAUUCCAGCAAUGGUGGAUUUCGCUGCCAUGAGGGAGGCUGUGAGAAAUGCUGGAGGAGAUCCUGUCAGAGUCAAUCCUGCCUGCCCAACUGAUCUCACUGUUGACCAUUCUCUGCAGAUUGAUUUCAGCAAAUGUGCAAUACAGAAUGCUCCAAAUCCUGGAGGUGGUGAUUCACAGAAGCCGAUGGCAAAGCUUUCUCCACUGAAGGCACAGCCUCGGAAGCUACCUUGCAGGGGUCAAACUGCCUGUAAGGGGCCGUGUAGUGCUGGAGAUUCGAGUCGCAACUCAGGACAAUUUUCUGCACAGAUUGAGAACACACCUAUCCUCUGUCCUUUCCAUCUUCAGCCGGUGCCCGAGCCUGAGACAGUAUUGAAAAAUCAAGAGAUGGAAUUUGGCAGAAAUAGAGAGAGGCUUCAGUUUUUUAAGUGGAGUUCAAAGGUUUUCAAGAAUAUUUCCAUAAUUCCACCUGAGACUGGAAUGGCGCACCAAGUUAACUUGGAAUAUUUGUCGAGAGUUGUUUUUGAAGUUAAAGAUUUCCUAUAUCCAGAUAGCGUGGUUGGCACAGAUUCUCAUAUGACCAUGGUAAAUGGUUUGGGUAUCUUGGGCUGGGGCGUUGGGGGGAUUGAAACAGAAGCAGUGAUGCUGGGGAUGCCAGUUACUCUGACUUUGCCUGAGGUUGUUGGGUGUGAACUGACAGGCGCAGCCAGCCCACUUGCUACAUCCAUAGAUAUUGUUCUAAGCAUUACAAAGCAUCUUAGGCAAGCUGAUGUCGCUGGAAAAUUUGUUGAGUUUUUUGGGAGUGGAGUUUCCCAGCUGUCUGUAGCAGACCGAACCACAAUAGCAAAUAUGUGUCCUGAAUAUGGUGCUAUUCUGAGCUUUUUCCCUGUUGAUAAUGUGACAUUGAAGCACUUAAAGCAUACAGGUUUUGACAAGGCCAAGCUUGAGGUCAUGGAAGCAUAUCUUAAAGCUGUGAAGUUAUUUAGAAAUUAUGAGAGUUCUUCCAGAGAACCUGAGUAUUCCCAGGUAGUGCAAAUUAGUCUAAGUUCUAUAAUUCCGUAUGUCAGUGGCCCCAAGAGGUCCCAGGAUAGAGUGGCUGUUAAUAACAUGAAAAGUGACUUCCAAGCCUGCUUAAAUGAAAAGUCUGGUGUUAAAGGGUUUCAGAUUGCAGUUGAGAAACAGAAUGACAUUGUACCUGUUCAGUAUGAAGGAAAUGAAUACAAGCUAUCUCAUGGCUGCAUUGUCAUUGCUGCAGUUAUCAGCUGUACAAAUAAUUGUAAUCCAUCUGUCAUGCUUGCUGCAGGACUCCUGGCCAAAAAAGCUGUUGAAGCUGGCCUAGUGGUUAAGCCCUACAUAAGAACAAGUUUAUCACCAGGCAGUGGAAUGGUUACACAUUACCUCAGUUCCAGUGGAGUAUUACCAUACCUCAGUAAGCUUGGGUUUGAGGUUGUUGGUUAUGGGUGUUCAACCUGUGUUGGAAACACUGCCCCCUUGCCAGAAGCCAUCAGGAAUGCAAUAAAACAGGGUGAUAUAAUUGCCUGUGGAGUAUUGUCCGGAACAAAGAACUUUGAAGGACGUCUCUGUGACUGUGUCCGUGCCAACUACCUUGCUUCUCCACCGCUAGUGGUUGCUUAUGCUAUUGCAGGCACUGUUAGAAUAGACUUUGAAACUGAGCCUUUGGGCACUGGCUUUAAUGGCAAAAGUAUUUACUUACAAGAUAUUUGGCCCACCCGAAAAGAACUUCACACAGUGGAGGAAGAGUGUGUGAUAUCGUCCAUGUUUAAGGAAUUGAAAGAAAAAAUGGAGAAAGGAAACAAACGAUGGAAUUUACUGGAAGCACCUGAGUCAACUUUAUUUCCCUGGGAUUUAAAAUCUACUUACAUCAGAUGUCCUUCCUUUUUUGAUAAACUUGCCAAAGAACCGGUUUCACCACAACCGAUUGAAAAUGCCCAUGUCUUGCUCUAUUUGGGAGAUUCUGUAACUACAGAUCACAUAUCCCCUGCUGGAAGCAUUGCAAGGAGUAGUGCUGCUGCUAAGUAUCUGACCAACAAAGGACUCACACCUCGUGAAUUCAACUCUUACGGAGCUCGAAGAGGUAAUGAUGCUGUGAUGACAAGAGGUACCUUUGCAAAUAUCAAGCUUCUGAAUAAGUUCAUAGGAAAACCAGCUCCUAAGACAAUUCACUUCCCAUCAGGACAAACGCUAGAUGUGUUUGAAGCAGCGGAGUUGUACCAGAAAGGAGGCAUCCCUGUAAUUAUUCUAGCAGGAAAGAAGUAUGGACUGGGUAGCUCAAGAGACUGGGCUGCAAAAGGGCCUUUUUUACUGGGUGUUAAAGCUGUCCUAGCUGAAAGCUAUGAGAAGGUUCAUAAAAGUCAGUUGAUUGGAAUUGGCAUAGCUCCACUUCAGUUUCUUCCCGGGGAAAAUCCAAGUACUUUGGGCCUCACUGGGAGAGAGCAAUUUUCUGUAUUGUUCCCUCCAGAGCUGUCGCCCGGAAUGACUUUGGAUGUUAAGGCAAGCACUGGAAAAGUAUUCAGCGUGAUUGCCUUGUUUGAAAACGACAUGGAGAUAACUUUAUACAAAUAUGGUGGAAGUCUAAACUUUGUGGCUCGAAGAUUCUUAUAGUAGCUACUGACUAUAUGGGUACCUUGCAUAACUGGUAAUUCUGAAAAUGCCUUGUGUGAACCCAGGAAUCUGUACUGUGGAACUGCAAACAGUCCUAGUGUGCUCAAAGUUACUUCGUCCAUGGAUGUAAAAGAUUGUGAAUCAUUGUAACUGCAACAAGAUCCUUCCUGAUUUUAAAUAAUAUUCUAAUGGUGCUAUUAAACAUUGCUAAAAUCAACAUGUGUAUUGUGGCAGAGAGCUGUAAGUACGGAGGGGAUGUUUUAUCAGACCAUUUUGUAAAUAAACUAUGCGAAAUCUGAAACUGAUUGUGCUGAAGAUUAUUAUGUAAGAUUUUCUGCAGUUAUUUCCACUCAGUUUUUGCACCUGUAAAUCUGUGUACUGCUGUUUGUUGGUUUAAGGGUAGCAGACGGUAUGGAAUGUUAAAGGCCAAACAGAAUUUUUUUUUUUUAACUUUUUUUCAUCCAGAGCUUAAAACAGAUAUUCAGUUUUUAAUUUCUUGCUUUUUAGGUUAUGGGCUGAACAAAAAGCCGUCCACAUGAGGCCCAUCGUAUCCUGUAUCACAGAUCAUGACUUUCUUUACCUUUAUUAUGGUAUUAUAUUUCAUCUGGAUCCAGAUUUAAAACUGCUCACGCUAUGAAAUGUUGUGUGCUUAGAAGUAUGGGAAACACCUCUGCAUUUAAGAAAAUGUUCACAAUUAUUUUGUUCAUGCAGGCUAAGUGUAGCACCCCAGCUUUUUGGCAAGCUGCAGUGUCCUUUGAAGUUUAUCAUAGCUACUUCAAGGAAUGCAGUUUUUCAUUUAUGACAUCAGUUUUUACUGUACUGUCUGUGAUAUCAUUAGACAAAGUACCUCCCCUUAGUAUUUUAACCUUUAAAAAUCUUUAAAAACAUUUAUUAGGACUGUUUAAAUUCCUCUGCUUUAAAUACAACCUCUGUCUCAUAAGUUAUACUUACUUGUCAAAUAUUAAAUAUCUGAGGUAGCUGUACUGCCCUUUAACACUUUCUAAUAUGCUGUUAGUUUACAGCUCUUCCAAACAAGCACCACGUUCCCCUGCUGAAGAUCCUAGAAUACUGAAAAAAUCUGUCUCUUAAGCCACUGCAACUUCUACAAAUUUAAUUGUCAGCACAUUGAUGGUAAAAACCCUGUUCCAUAUUUAAUAUUAACAGAAGAUGCACCGUUUCUGCAAAAAUGCUUGUUUUACCACUUAACUAAGCAUUGAUAGCUUCUAACCUGUGCAAGUGAGUCCUCAGCUUCAAGAUGCUAUUUCUGUGCUCCUGUAUCUUGCAAAGCUUCAUAAUACUGCUUACAGUUUACGUAGAGAUUAAUUUCUUUUAGAGAACAAAACUGCAAUAACUUGCCUAUAAAUUGUCAAGAUUUUGCUUUAAGAUUUUUUGCUCUUGAUAAACAUUGUCUUAAAUAUCAAAACUUUCAAGAGGACUAUGUUAGCUUUACUACAUGUGCUUUCUAUUAUAACCAGACACUAAGCUAGUUGACUUGCAAGCUAACAGAUGGACCAUGCAAAUCUUUAAAUAGUAUGUUUCUGACAUUCCUGAAAAAAAAAAA